AUGAAGAGGGUUCCCUGUGGGGAUGUGAAGAGGAUUGACUGUGUUGGAUGUGAAGAGGGUUCCCUAGGAUUGACUGUGUUGGAUGUGAAGAGGGCUCCCUGUGGGGAUGUGAAGAGGGUUCCUUGUGUUGAUGUUAAGAGGGUUCACUGUGGGGAUGUGAAGAGGAUUGACUGUGUUGAUGUGAAGAGGGUUCACUGUGGGGAUGUGAAGAGGAUUGACUGCGUUGAUGUGAAGAGGGCUCCCUGUGGGGAUGUGAAGAGGGUUCCCUGUGUUGAUGUGAAGAGGGUUCCCUGUGGGGAUGUGAAGAGGAUUGACUGCGUUGAUGUGAAGAGGGUUCCCUGUGUUGAUGUGAAGAGGGUGACCCGUGUGGAGGUGAAGAGGGUUCCCUGUGGGGAUGUGAAGAGGAUUGACUGUGUUGAUGUGAAGAGGGUUCCCUGUGGGGAUGUGAAGAGGGUUCCCUGUGGGGAUGUGAAGAGGGUUCCCUGUGGGGAUGUGAAGAGGAUUGACUGUGUUGAUGUGAAGAGGGUUCCCUGUGGGGAUGUGAAGAGGGUUCCCUGUGGGGAUGUGAAGAGGGUUCCCUGUGGGGAUGUGAAGAGGAUUGACUGUGUUGAUGUGAAGAGGGUUCCCUGUGUUGAUGUGAAGAGGGUUCCCUGUGGGGAUGUGAAGAGGAUUCCCUGUGGGGAUGUGAAGAGGGUGACCCGUGUGGAGGUGAAGAUGAGGGACUUUGUGUGCGUGAAUAGACCUUGA